CGGCUCGGCCGCGAGUCACGUGACCACGUAUCCCCGCCCUCUCACCCCGCUGCCUCUGGGUUCUGGGAAGAUGGCGAAGGUUUCAGAGCUUUACGAUGUCACUUGGGAAGAAAUGCGAGAUAAAAUGAGAAAAUGGAGAGAAGAAAACUCACGAAAUAGUGAGCAAAUUGUGGAAGUUGGAGAAGAAUUAAUUAAUGAAUAUGCUUCUAAGCUUGGAGAUGAUAUUUGGAUCAUAUAUGAACAGGUGAUGAUUGCAGCCCUAGACUAUGGUCGGGAUGACUUGGCAUUGUUUUGUCUUCAAGAGUUAAGAAGACAGUUUCCUGGCAGUCACAGAGUCAAACGAUUAACGGGCAUGAGAUUUGAAGCCAUGGAAAGAUAUGAUGAUGCUAUACAGCUAUAUGAUCGAAUUUUACAAGAAGAUCCAACUAACACUGCUGCAAGAAAGCGUAAGAUUGCCAUUCGAAAAGCCCAGGGGAAAAAUGUGGAGGCCAUUCGGGAACUCAAUGAGUAUCUGGAACAAUUUGUUGGAGACCAAGAAGCCUGGCAUGAACUUGCAGAACUUUACAUCAAUGAACAUGACUAUGCAAAAGCAGCCUUUUGUUUAGAGGAGCUUAUGAUGACUAAUCCACACAACCACUUAUAUUGUCAACAGUAUGCUGAAGUUAAAUAUACCCAAGGUGGACUUGAAAAUCUCGAACUUUCAAGAAAGUACUUUGCACAGGCAUUGAAACUGAACAACAGAAAUAUGAGAGCUUUGUUUGGGCUUUACAUGUCAGCAAGUCAUAUUGCUUCUAAUCCAAAAGCAAGUGCAAAAACAAAAAAGGACAACAUGAAAUAUGCUAGUUGGGCAGCUAGUCAAAUAAACAGAGCUUAUCAGUUUGCAGGUCGAAGUAAGAAGGAAACCAAAUACUCUCUUAAGGCAGUCGAAGACAUGUUGGAAACAUUGCAGAUCACCCAGUCUUAAGGUUUCAAAAACUCUCUGACGUUAGAUUUCACAACUGCACAAUUGAACUUAAUGGCCUGUGACUUAUUUAAUAAAUGCCCCAUGCUAUUUAUAUACUACAGUAAUUUUCUGGUAAGAAGGCAGUUGUAAAGAAUGUGUUUAUAUAAACCUAAAAAUGCCUUUUAACUGCUAAGCAGAAAGAUGGGGGAAAUCCAUGGAAGAGAGAUUUAAGACUUAUUGAUUGUACAUCAGUCUCUUCAUAUCACACACACACAUAUAUAUAAAAUAUAACUCUGAUGUAGAAAUAACCUUGUUAAAUAAACCAUGAUGAUUUAUUAAACUUGCA